CAGACAGCUGCAGCAGCGAGCUCGCGGCAUGUGGAGCGGGGCUUUGAGGGGGUUUGACUCCGUUUGACCAGCAUCGAUUUCAGCGAAGAUUGUCGAUAGUCGGGGACAAGCCUUUAACACAGCGACGGCGUUAGGGUGACGGACGGGCUCCCCAUAGACUGCGAGGGAAAGAAUGAGAAUAGAGGAUUUAGUUUCUGCUUCAUUAGCACAACAGAAGAAGAAGAAGUAGAAGACGGGAAAUCAGCCAACAAGAUUUUGACAUGAAGAAAGACAUUGACACUUUGAUAGCAGAGGAACGUGCUGACAUCAUCUCUAAAUAUGACAAGGGCAGGCACGAGGGUGUCAACAUCGACCCAUGGGAGGAUGCUGACUACAGCAUCUAUAAGGUUACUGACCGCUUCGGCUUCCUGCAUGAGAAAGAGCUGCCAACACCCAGUGCGCUUGAAGAGAAGCAAAAGCUGCUGGAGGUGGAGCGAGUUGAGAAAUGGCUUAAGAUGGUAAAGAACUGGGACAAGUACAAGAACAGUGAGAAGUUGGUGAAGCGUGUGUAUAAAGGUAUCCCUCUGCAACUUAGAGGCCAGGCCUGGGCCUUGCUCUUGGACAUAGAGAAAGUCAAAAAAGAAAAUGAAGGAAAAUAUGAGAAAAUGAAGCAGCAGGCUCGAACCUUCUCCACUGAGAUCAAACAGAUUGACCUGGAUGUCAACAGAACCUUCAGGAACCACAUCAUGUUCAUGGACCGCUUUGGAGUCAAGCAACAGGCGCUGUUUCACGUCUUAGCAUCCUACUCUGUGUACAACACGGAGGUGAGCUACUGCCAGGGGAUGAGUCAGAUCGCUGCUAUCCUGCUCAUGUACCUGAAUGAGGAAGAGGCCUUCUGGGCUCUGUCCCAGCUCCUGACCAACAGCAAGCAUGCCAUGCACGGGUUCUUCAUCCCAGGAUUUCCGAAGUUGCAUCGUUUCCAGGCCCAACACGAGCGCAUCCUCUCCAAAAUGCUGCCAAAGCUGAAGAAACACAUGGACAAGGAGCAGAUGACAACAGGGAUUUACACCACCAAAUGGUUUCUGCAGUGCUUCAUUGACAGAACCCCUUUUACCCUCACCCUGCGUUUAUGGGAUAUCUACAUAAUGGAGGGAGAGAAGAUGCUAAAUGCCAUGGCUUAUACAAUAUUCAAGUUACACAAAAAGCGCUUGCAGAGGCUCCAGUUAGAGGACCUGAGGGAGUUUCUUCAGGAGCAGCUGGCUGUUUCUUUCUUCCUGCCUGAUGACGUGGUGGUUGAACAGUUACAGGCUUCUAUGUCUGAACUACGAAGUAAAAAGCUGGACCAACCUCCACCAGCCAAAUCAGAGGAGCUGCCAAAGAAACCUCUGGGUCAAGAGAGAGCAGUUGUCCUUCAGCCUGUACAACCUGAUUCUCCUCUGGAGGUCAAAAUCAAUCUGCAGGCUGACAGCCAACCCAAUACAGAGAUGCAGCAAAGAGACAGCACUGCCCUUAACCAGACGCCUUCUCCUCCCAAACCACAGAACUCUGCAACACUUCCUUUGCCUUCCCCUGAAGAAGUUGUAGUCCACACUCAUGAUACGCCUACUCCUCAAAGACCUUGUAGAGCUCCUCCAUUACCUCCAAAGGUGGACAAACCCUGUGCUCAGGUUGGGUUGAACAGAGAUGUAAAAGAAUCUCUUCCGAAGAUUAGCCAGGCAGAAGAUGGGGGUAAACAGGAAAGACAGCCUGAAGAACCAGACACCCUGGACAGGUCUGUGGAUUGGCCUCCCCCCUAUGAACCUGAUAUGGCAGCUCUCGACAUGCAGUCUGAAGAGGAGAUCAUGGACCUUCCAGAUUUGCCCCCACCUCCUUUCUUAUACCCUGAGGAGGUUGACCCAAGUGUCCCAGAGACCCAGCACCACUCUCCAUCCACCCUCUCGUCCUUACCUCACGUCCCUAAAAUGAAGCCACCUCCAAAACCAUGCCUGAAACCGCCCACGUCUCUGGACCUAACACAGAAAAAACCACCUCCUUUUAAGCCUUCCCCUCCCCGUGCCUUCACGACAUCCUCCUCAUCUCCCAGAAUUCCUCCCCCAAAGCCAACCAAGUUCCCCGUGUCUCUCUGCGUCCCGGUGUCUGCAGGAGAUCGGCGGCCCUCGAACACCUCGCAGUAUGACAACCUCUCUGAGGCAGGCGAUGACGACCGCUACUUUGAGAGAAUGCUAGGGUCCACGCCUGAGGAAAUGCCCAGCAUGCAUUGCGAGCCCCCACAUAACAUCGACAAAGACUAUGACCCUGCUCGGUACCCUCUGCCACCGCCACCCAUGUUCAUUCCUCCCUCGCCUUCUUCUCUUCCUCCCUCGCUGUGCGCUCUACCAAGUUUGCCUCAGGAGCCAGAAUAUGAAGGAAACGACAGCUGGGUGGAGGACUCCAUCAUCCCCCCUCCGCCGCCUGGUUUUUCUGACAGACUCACUCCCUUUCAGUGUAAUGCUGUCAGCUGUACAGACACACACAGAGCCGCCUCGCCUGGUUACUCUAAGCAUUUCUCCAGGGGCCCCAGGGACCAUUCUGCUUUCCCAGCACCACUGUUGUACACCGGGUCUCCCCCCGGCCUCUCCAGACCCUCAGGACAGUCAGCAGUGGGGGUGCCCCUGGUCAGAUCCAGUCCAGACUUUUGCAGGAUGUCUCCUGGGGGACAGCAACUGCCAAAAUCAGUGACCUUUUGAAAUUUCCACAUUUUAUUGAAGUGUUACUGAUUUUGCUAACAUGAUUCAGAAGCCAUGGGAGAGAUGAAAGGCCAGUAUCUAUUCAGUGUGUCGAAGGUUUGUGCGCGUGUCGGUGUGUUGUGUGGAAGUCCUUUUUUUCACUGAUACAGUAUGUACAGAUAUCUGUGACAUGAACCUUUGAAACAAGGGCAGUUAAUUUUUCUAAAUGUCCAACUUGUAUUUAAAACUGUGUUACUGUUGGCUGCACACACAAAAAAAGUGACCGUGAAAAUAUUUGGCUUUCAAUUAGUUUGAUGAGAGAAUGAGAGAAUCUACAUAGAAAUAGUUGAUCUAAUUUCAGCUGUAUUUCUCACCAUUACUUCAUCUCCUGUUUGUUAAAAAAAGGAAAGUGUCUUAACCUGACCGCAGUGCACCGAGUAUAGCAACUCUUAACAAAAGGGCUUUGAGGCUGCAGAGUUACAGUCAUCUUUAUUAACGCACCCAAAGUCCUUAUUUAUACUGCAAACUGUGAGCUGGCUCACAACUUAAUAGCAGCUGUUACUAUAACACGGCUUCUUUACUGUUUCUUCAUGUCAAUACUUGAUUACAAUGGACCACUUAACCAGGCUGCACCACUGCAGUUUGCAUGCAAGUUCGUAACAACCAGCGAUAGGGAAAUACAUGGUGCAGCUUGUCACUGGUGUAAAUACUGAGGAUAGUUUCAUAUGAAGCCUGCUCAGGUUUUUUUUCCCACCCAGGUAGCAGUGGGUACUCUGUGGCUAUUCACCUGCUUUGUUGUGUUUUAAACUGAGCGUUUGGGAUGCUGUCAUUUAAACAAAUGGGUUAUAUCUGUUUGUCAGACACUUCACAGCAAUAAUGUUCUUUUCAUGUAUAUACAUGCAUGCAUCAAGACUUAAUAAAGUUGAAGUAUACGACUUAACGAGAGGAAUGCAACAUACUAUCACCUCAGAGCGAGUUACAGUAAAAAUCCUUGUUGCAAUAUUGAUGGUAUGUAGCCCCACCUAGUGGUCAGAGGUUUUACAGCUGGACGGUAAAGGCUUUAAGCUCUAAAAUGUCCAGACAUGAGGAGGACUUUGAAGAUGCUCGAGCAGAAAAUUUCUAUUUAUGAAUGUGCAAACCAUAAUUUAUAUUCAAUACACAACACAGGGCACAGUGAGCUUGAGUUUAGAAUACAUAUUACACUGUUUUAUCCAUGCACAAAUCGGGGAGAGUUGCAAAUAAGUCAAAGUUAAGUUCAUUCAGCAGUGUUUUAGAGCCAUGUGGUGACAGUGGUGUCAGAGCAAAAGUUAUUAAGAAAUGGAAGUUGAGCCAUAAUAUACUGUUAAAGGACCUAAUAAAGGGUUAUAUUGUUGUUUCAUACAGUUAUAUUAUAUGCCAUGUUUAAGCAACAGUUAUGUUUUGUUUAUUUUUACAUUGAACUUUGUCAUUGCCAAACGGUAUUAAACUCUUUAAGUAUUCAGCUGUUUUCUAAUGGAGUUCCAGGUUACAACGUCAUGUGUCAAUGUGUGUUCAUAAACUUUGGUCGCUGCUGUGAUUUCUAUCCCAAGAGCUAGAAUCUUGGACCGCACAAAAGUAUGUUCAGCUAGCUGGAGAAUCUUUUUGUAAGUCAUGUGACCUGACCACCGUUUGUGCGUCAUCACUGCUCCUUUUUCUGGACCAACUGAACAUCUAUGAUGCUGGAGCUCAGGCCAAAGCUGAUGUACGUUACUGUAACCGCUUGUUGGGAGUUUUAUAAAGAGUUGAACCUU